AAAACUAGGAGGACGAAUCAACUGCGUUGCGUAUGGAUAAGGACAUCCGUUUCAAAUCGAAAGUUACUUCCGACUGGGAAUCGCGUAGAUUUCACUGAGAUUUACUUCCUCUAUUUUUGUGCAACUGUUUUCCAAAGAACUUCUGUCGUCAGCAAUGCCUACUAAUGGGCUUAAGGUUGUCACAACAGUGGUUCCACUGGAGGACCACUGUGACCUUCCCAUGACUAAUGUUACUGUUACAGAAUCUAAAAAGCCGGCCAUGCAAUAUGAAAAAGUGCCUGAAAUGACCAGGCUCUUUCAAAAAGGCUAUCCCAUGCAACUUGGAAUGGUGCAGAUAUUCCUUGGGAUGAUGGCAGUAUCACUUGGUGUGCUAGGCUUCUUGUCAUCUGAGAUCCUUGGGGAGGUCCCUCUGUGUCUAGGAAUAUUUGUUAUCAUUUCAGGAUCAGUAUCUGCUGCGGCACAUAAAGGAAGGCAUGUUCGUCUGAUUAAAGGAACAUUGGCCAUGAACAUCAUCAGUUCUCUGUUGGCCCUAGCUGCCAUUGGAUACUUUUGCUGGGAACUGGCCAAUCAGCGACAUGUUGAAUGCCAAAAUUAUCAAGACGGAGAUCGUUCUUACGAUCGUAUGUUCUCAGCUUGUGUGCAGCACAAGAGUGUGAUCAAUGGAAUGAAAGGAUUAUUGUUGGUCAUGGCUGUGUUCGAGGUCUGUGUUUCCACCACAAUCUCAGUCUUCUCUGUGAAAGCCAUCAAACAGCAGUCUUUUGAUCAACUGGUUGGUGAUAAAGGGUCCAGCACUGCACCUGGCGCUGCCUUUGAUAGCACUGUUCCUCUGCUUAAGGAAGAGGACGUCGCUGCUCCUGCCUCACCUUGAAGGAAAGGAGAAGGAUCGUUUGCACACCUUUUCUAGACUCAUUAUCAUGAUUCCUGUUAAUGAAUUGAAUAAUGAACAACAUAGUGCAUAGAGUACAAGUAUAGAGGCACAUAUUCUAAACUCCUUUUUGUAAGUCUACCAUUAAGGCAUCUUGUGUGUUGUUCUAAACUAAUGUAAUUUGAUGUACUUUAAUCACACUAGUCUAAUAAAGGUGAUGACUCUUA